AUGGCUUUGAGCGUCGCACUGCCUCUACAGACCACUGCUCCAACUUCCAGAGGUCUUCAAGCACAAUUGGUGCGGAAAGGUGAGAGUCCCCUCCGAUUCGAUCUUCAACCACGGAGUGCCGUGGACGUCUUCUGCGGCUGCGCUGCAGGUGUGUUGGGCGUGGUCAGACGGCACCGAGGGUGCCGGCGGCCAGCAUUGCGCGAGGGUGAUGUUGGCGAAAGCGCGGCCGAGGAGUAUUUCCCAAAGAGUGAGUUCCAAGAGUCUGCCACAAGCACGAAGAUCCCCUGCGAGCCGGCCAUGAGAAUAGGCCAUGGAUAUGACAUCCACAAGAUGUUGCCAAAGGAUGAGCCAGAGGCCUGGGGAAAGAUCUCUCCACAAUCGGCUGUGAUCGGCGGGGUCACCUUUGAGGAGUUUCCGCUGGGGGUCGUUGCUCACUCGGACGGCGACGUUGUGUACCACUCGACGACCGAUGCGAUCCUUGGUGCCCUCGGCCUCCCGGACAUCGGGCAGCUUUUUCCAGACAACGACCCGCGUUGGAGAGGCGCCAACUCAGAGCAGUUCUUCGAUGAGGCUGUUCGGCUAAUGGGCCUGCGCGGAUAUCGAAUUGGUAACGUGGAUGUGACGAUUAUUGCAGAGAAACCCCGACUAGCUGGGCGAAAGGCAGACAUGAAGGACAAUAUCGUCCGCAUCUGUGACACAAUCCCUGCACGGGUGAACCUCAAGGCCUUCUUGAGUGCCGAGCGCCCACUGAGUGCCCGCUUCGUUCACUGUGCCAGGCCCUUGGUAAGAAUGGCCAAGUGUCGCCAUGGCCCUUGCAUGAUCGUGGCAGCAUGGCUUCUCUUCCGCUAUGCAGGAUGUUUCGCCGUGGGAUGUGCUGAGACUUUCACGCGCAGACCGCGGGCUGCUGUGCCAUCCCGUGGAAUACUUGGCUGGGUGCCAACGCAGCGCAAGGCCACGGCUGACUUCAGCGCGCAUGCGGCGAAGCUGUUCGACAACAUGCGCGGCCCUGCAGCCCUCUUGGCGGGGGCUGUGGUCCCAAUCGGCUUCGCGGCAUCUCCAAAAAUCACCUCGGAGGACCCGCCAUGGCUGAAGCGGGUGAAGAGACUGCACUACGUGAUUGCGUCGGUGGCAAUUUGCUGCCACUUGACAACGGUGGUUUGGUCCACCAUCACAGUGAACAAGCUCAAUGAGACCACACCACCGCAGGUAGGAAGCUUGAUGCAGCUCCUGAAGCAGUACUACGAGUUGCAAUGGAUAGGUUGCAAUGUGAACUUCAUCAUGGGUCUCUUGGCGUUUGCCUGUCUACUUGUUACCUUCUCACUGGCGUCGGUUUCUCCCGCCUCCCACGGCCUGGUAUGCAAGCCAGUUGCGUGCACCGUCGCCGCAGCCAUCUGCUUCAUGGUCUCGAUUGUCAACGAUGGAGUGUCUCAAGGUGAUGGAGGUGGGGUCCGCUUUGGAUCCAACAUGUUCUUUCUCUUCGCGCGCUAUGUUACGCUGCUGGCCACACAUGCUCUGAAGGGUCCCCGGCCAUUGUUGCUUCUGGGAUUCAUCUUCUCAGGAGCAGCUGGUUACUUCGUGAUGAAAAUUCAGACUGCCAAAGAGACCCGGAGCGAUGCAGCCGCAAAGUGA